AGGCGACGUGUGUGGACGCUUCAGCCCGCCGGAUGGUCACCUGCGCCCGGCCCCGGCGAGCUGCUUUUACACGCAUCGUGGAGGUGAAAUAUUCCACUCUCCGUGACACGGGAUUAAUCCUUUUACUGCUGUCGCUGCUCUGAUAGAUGGAGUGAUGGACGACAGAGAGACCAGCAGAUCCCAGAUCAGCUUUCUUUGUGAGUGCACAACAUGAAGGAGGAACUUCCAGCAGGACCUUGCACCAAAAGCACAUGCACUAAAGUGUGAAGACACCUUACCUCCUCUGUGGACCCUCAGGAGGAAGCACAGAUGUGAUCGGCCUAAAGACUGUUAGCUGCAACGACUGUUCUUCUCUAUUUGUCCUUCGUCUUUUACAAGCCUAUUUUUCUACCAUGUUUGUCUGAGUAGACCUCAAACACCAUGCACAUAGUGACUGGACGUUAGUCCAACCAGAUUGAGUUCCAAUCCAACAUUUUUGGGAUUAACCUAUUUUUUUGCAAUUAUGGAUCUCCUGAGUUUUUGUAUGAAACUGCAGAUGUUCCUCAGCACAUGUAUGGGACUGGACUUUUUAGGCACGCCAGGUCAGUGGGCUCGCUACCUCCGUUGGGAUGCUAGCACCCGUGGCGAUCUCAGCUUCCAGUUCAAGACCGAGUUCUCCGAAGCACUGCUGCUCUACUUGGAUGACGGCGGCUAUUGUGACUUUCUGCAGUUGUCCGUGGUCCAGGGUCGACUCCAGCUGCGUUUCAGCAUAGACUGUGCGGAAACCACACUUGUGUCCGACAGAAGGGUGGACGACAACAACUGGCACUUUGCAACUCUGAGCAGGUAUAACUUGCGCACGGUUCUGGCACUGGACGGACAGGCCAAAGCAGACGAGGUGCGUCCUCAGCGGCAGUUUAUGAAAAUUGUCAGCGACCUGUUCCUGGGCGGAGUUCCUCAGGAUAUCCGAAGCGGCGCACUCACACUGCCCACGGUGCGGAACAUGCAGCCCUUCAAGGGCACAAUCACAGACCUGAAAUAUGGCAAGUCCCAACCCCAGUUCCUAGGAAGUCUGAAAGUGUCCCUGGAGUCUGAGGGGUGGUGCACCGUCAACCCGUGUGAGAAUGGCGGCACGUGCGCAGUGGUGGACGGACAAGUGGUCUGUGAUUGCUCUCUAACAGAAUACAAAGGACGGUUCUGCACUGAAGAGCUCAGCAGAAAAACAGCAGGUGUUGCACACAUGAUGGCAGAACAAGCUAAAAGCAAAGCACGAGAAGAGAACGUGGCCACGUUCCGAGGUUCCGAGUACUUCUGCUACGACCUCUCUCAGAACCCCAUCCAGAGCAGCAGUGAUGAGAUCACCUUGUCCUUCAAGACGUGGCAGCGGAAUGGCCUCAUCCUCCACACGGGCAAGUCGGCCGACUACGUCAACUUGGCGCUGAAAGACGGCGCCGUGUCUCUGGUCAUCAACUUGGGCUCCGGAGCCUUCGAGGCCAUUGUUGAGCCGGUCAACGGCAAGUUCAACGACAACUCCUGGCAUGACGUCAAAGUGACUCGCAACCUCCGACAGGUGACAAUAUCAGUGGAUGGCAUUUUGACCACCACGGGUUACACCCAGGAUGACUACACCAUGCUGGGAUCAGAUGACUUCUUCUACGUUGGUGGAAGCCCGAGCACAGCUGACCUGCCUGGGUCUCCUGUCAGCAACAACUUCAUGGGUUGCCUCAAGGAGGUGGUGUACAAGAACAACGACAUCCGCCUGGAGCUGUCCCGACUGGCCCGUAUCGUGGACCCCAAGAUGAAGAUCCAGGGCGAGGUGUCCUACAAGUGUGAGAACGUGGCCACCCUGGACCCCAUCUCCUUCGAGACUCCCGAGGCCUACAUCAGCUUGCCCAAGUGGAACACCAAGAGGAUGGGGUCCAUCUCGUUUGACUUCCGCACCACGGAACCCAACGGCCUCAUCCUCUUCACCCACGGCAAACACCAGGAGCGCAAAGAUGCCGCCCGCAGCCAGAAGAACACCAAGGUGGAUUUUUUUGCUGUGGAGCUCCUGGAUGGAAGCAUCUACCUGCUGUUGGACAUGGGAUCUGGUACCAUCAAGGUCAAGGCCACACAGUCUAAGGUCAACGACGGUGCCUGGUACCAUGUGGACAUCCAACGAGAUGGCCGCUCAGGCACCAUCUCUGUAAACAGCAGAAGGACCCCGUUCACAGCGAGUGGGGAAAGUGAAAUCCUGGACCUGGAAGGUGACAUGUACCUGGGCGGUCUUCCCUUGGAUCGCGCUAACCUCAUCUUGCCCACCGAGCUGUGGACAGCGAUGCUGAACUACGGCUACGUGGGCUGCAUCCGAGAUCUCUUCAUCGACGGCCGCAGCAAAGACAUCCGGCAGAUUGCCGAAGCGCAAAAUGGUGCCGGGAUUAAACCUUCUUGUAACAAGCAACCUGGCAAACAGUGUGAGAGUUACCCCUGCAAGAACCGAGGUGCCUGCAAGGAAGGCUGGAACCGCUUCAUCUGUGACUGCACUGGCACCGGUUAUUGGUCCCGCACUUGUGAGAGAGAGGCUUCCAUCCUGUCCUACGACGGCAGCAUGCACAUGAAGGUGGUGAUGCCCACCAUCAUGCACACCGAGGCAGAAGAUGUCUCCUUGCGCUUUCGCUCUCAGAGGGCCUACGGCCUCCUCAUGGCCACCACCUCCCGAGAGUCAGCCGACACACUCAGGUUGGAGUUGGAUGGAGGCCGUGUCAAACUGACGGUCAACCUAGACUGUAUCAGGAUAAACUGUAACUCCAGCAAAGGACCGGAGAUGCUGUAUGCCGGGCAAAAGCUCAAUGAUAAUGAAUGGCAUACAGUGCGUGUGGCGCGUCGCGGCAAAAUCUACAAGCUAAUCGUUGACGAUGAUGUAGCAGAAGGCCAAAUGGUGGGUGACCACACGCGUCUGGAGUUCCACAACAUUGAAACAGGCAUCAUGACGGAGCGCAAAUUUGUUUCAAGCAUCCCCUCCAGCUUUAUCGGUCAUCUGCAGAGCCUCAGAUUUAACGGCAUGCUCUACAUCGACCUGUGCAAGAAUGGUGACAUUGAUUUUUGCGAGCUCAACGCCCGCUUCGGGAUACGUUCCAUUAUUGCCGACCCGGUCACCUUCAAGUCCAAGAGCAGCUAUCUGAGCCUGGCCACCCUGCAGGCCUACGCCUCCAUGCACCUCUUCUUCCAGUUCAAGACCACCUCCCCUGACGGCUUCAUUCUCUUCAACUCAGGAGAUGGCAGUGACUUCAUUGCUGUGGAGCUGGUCAAAGGGUACAUCCACUAUGUGUUCGACUUGGGAAAUGGGCCAAAUCUGAUCAAGGGCAAAAGUGAAAGGGCCCUGAAUGACAACCAGUGGCACAAUGUGGCCAUCACCCGGGACAACAGCAACACCCACACCCUGAAGGUGGAUGCCACUGCCACCAGCCAGAGCAUCAAUGGGGCCAAGAACCUGGACCUUAAAGGAGACCUCUUCAUUGCUGGACUGGGUCCUGGCAUGUACGGCAGUCUGCCUAAGCUGGUGGCCUCCAGAGAAGGUUUUCAAGGGUGUUUGGCUUCAGUGGACCUGAACGGGCGCCUCCCAGACCUGAUCAGCGACGCGUUGUUUCGUAGCGGGCAGAUUGAGCGUGGAUGUGAAGGUCCUAGCACCACCUGCCAGGAGGACUCCUGUGCCAAUAUGGGCAUUUGCAUCCAGCAAUGGGAGAACUACACCUGUGACUGCUCCAUGACCUCCUUCACCGGGACUCAGUGCAAUGACCCUGGGACCACAUACAUCUUUGGCAAAGGAGGCGGACUCAUCACCUUCCAGUGGCCAGCCAAUGAGAGACCGAGCACCAGGACUGACCGGCUGACCGUGGGCUUCAGCACCUCGCUGAAAGAUGGCAUCCUGGUCAGGAUCGACAGCGCUCCUGGUCUGGGGGACUACCUCAUGCUGCACAUACAACAAGGCAAAAUUGGUGUGACAUUUAACAUCGGGACGGUGGACAUCAGUGUGCAGGAAGGCAGCACCCCGGUGAACGACGGGAAGUACCAUGUGGUCCGCUUCACCAGGAAUGGCGGUAAUGCUACGCUGCAGGUGGACAACUGGUCCAUCAAUGAACAUUUCCCCACAGGGAACAGUGACAUUGAACGCUAUCAAAUGGCCAACAAGAAAAUUCCUUUCAAAUACUCCAGACCAGUGGAAGAAUGGCUCCUAGAAAAAGGACGCCAGCUCACCAUCUUCAACACUCAAGCCACGGUUGCAAUCGGCGGGAGUGACCGAGGUCGUCCCUUCCAGGGCCAGCUGUCGGGUCUUUACUACAACGGACUGAAGGUGUUGAACAUGGCGGCUGGAAACAACCCCAACAUCAAAGUUAACGGCAGUGUGAGGCUGGUGGGGGACGUCCCCGGUGGGGCGGGCUCCGCCAGGUCCACGGCCGUGCCCUCCGAUUUGUCCACCACCUUCAUCGAGACCACCACCAUGAUGUCCACCACCACCACACGCAAGCACAGAUCCUCUUCAACGAAGCAUACCUCGGAUGACAUGGUGUCGUCUGCGGAGUGCUCCAGUGACGACGAAGACCUGGAGGAGUGUGAAACUGGUCAUCCAGGUGGGCUAGCACUUCCCACAGAACCAGGCGUCAGGCCGGGGCCUUCAGAAGUGGUCCGGGAAUCAAGCAGCACCACCGGGAUGGUCAUCGGAAUUGUGGCGGCCGCUGCCCUGUGCAUCCUCAUCCUUCUUUAUGCCAUGUAUAAGUACAGGAACAGGGACGAAGGCUCCUACCAGGUGGACGAGAGCAGGAACUACAUAACCAACUCAGCUGUACAGAGCAAUGGUGCUGUCAUGAAGGACAAACAGCACAGCUUGAAAGGCAGCAAUAAGAAGCAGAAGAACAAGGAUAAGGAGUAUUACGUCUGAGAGAGAGGGACCACAGAAGGACUACGAGAACUUUGGACAACUGACCAAUGAUGGUAUUAUUUGGAUCCUUCGCUGUGCUGACAAGAGGAACUGAUGACAUGUACUAUAAUAUUAAAGCACACUUACAUACUGAGGAGGCAACUUUAGAGACCUUACUCUUCUAUCUGGUCAGAGACAUUAGAGGUAUGUCCCUGCUCCAUCUACGUGACUUUUAGAGAUCCUUGACAUUCAAACACAAACCUUAUUUUGUACGGUGACAAGAAGCCUCACGAGCUCAGCAUGUAAGCAAGGCGUACGUAGUGCUUAACAAGAUGGGCUCAGGCAUACAAUCGUCCAAGUUUUAAAAAAAACAACAAAUAUGUAUGGUUUAUAAAUACUAGAUGUGGUGUCUUCUCUAUUUUUGCUUUGAGCAAAAUAAAAAGUGAGGUGAGAAAAAUAACAAGAAAACAUGCUCUGUCUGUGGAACGAGCAAAUGGACAGAAGUUGCAUUCCGUACAAUUAUUCUGAUUGUCAAUCACACUUUGUCUCAAAAAGUGUUCUCUUGAGGAAAAAAAGCAAAUGAUUGUAAAAUGCAUGUCAUCCUAACUUACAGUACAACAGUGUUUCAAAUGAUGCCCAGUGGGUCUUCGUCGGAGAACCCAGUCCCUCCCCGGGUUUUUGGACCGGCCCAAAUGGGAUCUCUCAAAUAGGUUCUUAUCUUUUUGCAGAACUCUACCUUAGUUCGGUGUUCUCUUUUCUACCAAGGAGUGGGGAGGAACACAAAUGCAGUACUCAAACAUUGUUCACACGAGUAUACCGGAAUAAUGGUGAAAGUGUCAAUAUGUAUCUAUCGUCACAGUCAACUGUGUCAAAAAAACAAAAAAACAAAUUUGUUUACAUAUUUUAUUACAUACUAACUGUUGUACUUUGUAGGUAGGAAAUUGUACAUAUAUGAUGACAGUUUUAGUACCUCUAUUGUACAGACUGAACAUAUUCAUGACAAAGUCUAUUUACUGUUCAUUUACACAGAGAAAAAGAAUGUGGAGAAUAUUUGGUAAGAAAUGCAAAUGUCUUGUUAGCCUAGCGACCUCAGCAGAGAUGUUUCUAAAGUUGCAUGAAUAUUUAUCUACUGGAAGAAAAGAAGUUGCCCUUCCUCCUGUGUCACUGCUAGCCUUUCAAUGCUCUCAUCCCUUUGGAAAGAAAAGUCAGGACAAUGACAAUUUGAAAGAAUGGGGGCUCAGUGUCGUUGUUUGUUUAAUAAAAUAUUGGAAAAA